AUGCAGUUCCCAGUGUUGUUCCAUGUUCGGCUUCUGUCUACACUGAUCUGUCUCCAACUUCUUCUUCAUGCUGGCAAUGCUGCUACAAUAGACCGCACCUCAGAGCAGGGUGAAGCCGCCAUUACUGCUCCUAAAAAGCCCCACUUAGACCCAGAUCAGGAGUGCACGCCCUACGAUUAUGCGCCUGUCACAAAUCAAAUGAACUCUUUCCCUGAGGUGUGGGAAGCCGCCAAAAUCUUGUCUGACGAUUCAGCGGCCCUUGCAAAGUGGAACUCCAUAUCGGCUAACAUCCCCACAAACAUCCCCCAGAAGACUCAACCUCCACCGUCUAGUUACUCAUCAAGUGACCCGGACUGCUGGUGGACCUAUGGUCAAUGUACGACCCCAAAACUGGCUGACCUCCCCCCUGAUAUCACUGCUGCUCCGGAGCCAUCCACCCUUGGCUAUGGAUUCGACGACGGACCAAAUUGCUCGCACAACGCGUUUUAUGACUUCUUGCAAAGCCAAAACCAGAAAGCAACUUUCUAUUUCAUUGGUUCUAAUGUGGCGGACUUUCCUCUGGAGGCUCAGCGUGCUCUCACUGAUGGACAUGAAAUAUGUGCCCAUACCUGGUCCCAUCCAUAUAUGACGACAUUCGCUAGCGAGGAUGCUUUUGCAGAAUUGUGGUACUAUCUCAAUUCAACAUUCAUGUUGAAACUUCGUUUAGCUAGUAAAAGCUUACUGGGUACUAUCGAAAAGAUGCAAAUGAUCAAACUUGUAGUAGGCGUUACACCUACUUGUUGGCGACCACCUUAUGGCGACGUUGAUGACAGAAUACGAGCUAUCGCAAACGCAUUAGGGUUGCAAACCAUUAUGUGGGAAUACGAUACAGCGGACGCCAGUGUAGAUGGCAAGACCAUCACUGAUCAAACUGUGGUGGAUAACUAUAACAGUUUCAUUCAAAAGGCUGAGGGAGGAGCGUUCAACUCGACUGGGACCAUUCUAUUGACUCACGAGUUGAACAAUUUUACUAUGUCAGAGGCUGUUAGUUUCUAUCCUCAACUCAAAUCUGUUUUCCAGUAUCUUGUACCGGUUGGAGUGUCGCUGAACAAGACUCAGCCGUACCUGGAAACCAAUUAUUCACUUCCCACCUUUGAGCAAUUUCUUACAACUCGUUAG